CGAUACAUUUGGAAGAAUCACAGAAUUUUGCUGAUAACAAUAACGCAAACAAACAAUAUUUUUGUUUCUUUUCUUUUUCUUCCAUCCAUUCUUAUACACAACAAAUACACACAUAUCACAUGUGAAACUGGACUGGGCUUUAUCAACCGAGACGAUGUGUUUUUUUUUUGGUAGUAUUUGUGUAUCGUCGCAUAUGGAAUGCGUAUUUUGAGAGAGUCGGAUCGGGAUCGUGUGUUGUGUUUAUUCUCAAAGUUGAUCAGUUUGGUGUGAUAUGCAAAGUCAUUCAUACUCUCAAAGAGAGUGAGUCGAUGUUUUGUGCUGCGCUUGCUUGUCUGCUUUGUCUCUCACUCUCUUGACGACGACGACGACGACGGUCACAACGAACGGAACAGAAUAUUUUUGUGGAGGCCAAUUUAAUCGAAAACAUUUAUAAUGAAAUCGUGUAAAUGGCAUACCAUAGAUAUCACGUAGUAGCCUCUAGUCGAUGUAUGGACUACAAUCAGUUUGGACGUUGAUAAAUUUUGUUAAUAAUAAAAAAAGCGCGAAAAAAAAACAAACAAAUAAAGACAAAAAUAAACGGCGAUUGUGUACAGUGAUGGCGGAUGCGGCGGGAAUAAGUGCAAGAGAUUCGAUGUCGGUGUUGUCAAAGGGCUCCGAUAGUGAUAAGGAUGAUAGGGGUGAUAAUUUUAUUAAAUGCAUAUUCUUUUGCAAAUUUCAUGCAACAGCUGGACCACAAAUUGUCACCCAAGUACCAAAUAAUUAUAUAUCAAAAGAUGUAUUCGAUACGAUCAGCCAGUAUGUGAUACCAAAGGCUCAACUGCAACGAUGUUUCGUUAGUGUAUCACUGCUGGGUAAGAAAUUUUUGGGCUAUCCAGUGCGUAUCGAUAACAAGUUGUACGCGAGGAAUGCAUUCUAUUUUAAUUUUUGUUUCGUUUUCGCACCGACCACUCGAACUGUUGUCUUUGAAGAGAUUAUACGCAAGAUAAGCGAAUACAUGCUUUCACUUGAGCUAACGAGCAAGAUAUUGUCGCAAUGCUCCGAAGAUACGGCACAACUGACUCGGCUCAUCAAAUUGCUAACACAAAUACGCACCGAUUUAAAUCGACGGAAAAUGUGCAUGCUUCAGGAGGGGAGUACAAUAAUCCCAUUGUGUAUUGUACCGCAUUACAAAGAGCCACCAGUGGUAAAACCGUACGUAGCGGCCGUGUUAAAAAGUGAAUUUUAUAAUUAUGUCGAGUCGCAAUGGGAUCUGACAACACUUCGUAUUUUACCAUAUAUUAAUGGAUUCAAUCACAUUGCUCGGAUUGCAUCAUUAGCCGAUGUGGCAUUGGGACUGGCACUGCAAUGUAUCCGGCAUUUGAUAUUAUUGGGAGUGGCCACUGUGAUACCCGUUUUUCAAUAUUGUAACAUUUAUCGGCCAACACCCAAACUGUCACAAUUAGCCACGUGCAAACAAUUGCAACAACGAUGCAUCGAACAAUGUACAAAGAUCAAUAGCCAAACAAAUAUGCCGGGAACGAAAGCGAAUGUUCGUGAUGUGUUUCGGAUAUUUGCUUCGAUGGCGCAUGGAGCGACAUUCGGUGAGCUGUGUGUACGUUUCAAUCCAUCGGCGUUGCAUAUCAACGAACGGAAAAUGGUGUUGUUCGGUUUGCUCGAAGGUUUAAUUCGACGUGUCGACAAAUAUCCGAUCACAGUGCAACGAAAUGUAUUCUAUGAUUAUGAACCGAUACGAUCGCCCAUUCCAAGUGUGACUGGAACACAAUCAAACAAUAACUAUUACAAUAACCAUAAUUCGGGCAGUCAACCGUUACCCCGCAAUCAACGCGACAAACUGAUGAAUCGAACGAAUGGUGUGCAAAUGAACGACAACCAUGAUACAACAUCAAACAAUCGAUUCACAUUCAAUUCACAUGAACGCACCACACUACAAUCGAACAAUCAAUGCCAACAUUACUACAAUGGACUGAAAUCAUACGAUGAAAUUUGUACAAAGCGAGGCAUUAGCUGUCAACAGCUAGACGUUCAACUAUCAAAAGAUCAUCAUGUUAUUGUUAUAUUGAGAUGAAAGAAAUAAAUAAACAGAAUAUCAUUGAUAAUUUAA